AUGGACGCAAUAUGUCCACAUUGUGAUGCGGCUAAAUUUCCAGGUGAAACGCCCGGCAUGUGUUGUUCUAAUGGCAAAAUUCAGGUCCAAAUUUGUCAUCAAGCUGGUUCAUUAUUGCCAUACGCCGACGCUGAUUAUCAAUUUUUGCAAAUUUAUUUUAUUGGUGAUGAAAAUCGAGAGUUGGAUCAACGUUGUGCAAUUGCUUUGAAUACAAGACGAGAAAUUAUUUGUGAGCUACAAAGGUUUUUCCAUCAGCAUAACGCAUUAGUUCAAUUGUUCAAAAUUGCUCUCGAUCGUAUGCCAUCUGAUAAUAACAAAAUCGUAAUAAGGGCACCUUUUGGAGAGUAUGAUGAGGUUGCAAUUGUAAUUCGUGGUGAUCAGUUUCAAUCGCGUGAUAUUAUACUUCAUCGUAGAAAUGAGCAAUUGCAACGUGUUUCGGAACGUCCUCGUAGUUACGACGCAUUAGAAUACCCAAUAUUGCUUUGGAAAGGUGACGAUGGCUACCAUAUCAAUAUACCAGUGAUUGAUCCACGAACAGAAGAUAUUUUAAUUCGUAUGCGUUAUCAUGCAAGAAAUCCUGAUUUGUUGAUAACUUUGGAAAUGUACAACGAAGCUUUGAUAAUAAUUGAAGAUAUGUGUCUACGGAUUGCAAAUAAAACAUUAGUACAAUUGGGUAUGACCGCACCAAAUCGUGACAUGCAUGAUCUGUUUGAUCGCGAAUUGCAACGUGAGCAGGAAUUCAAUUCUAAUGAUUUGCGUUUAUUUGUACAAUCGAAUAUAACCAAAAUGAAUAUUCAGCAAAAACAUGUAUAUGACACAAUCAUGCAAGCCAUUUCCAAUAAUGCAAGUGGGUUAUAUUUCUUGGAUGCACCUGGUGGUACAGGCAAAACGUUCGUUAUAUCACUGAUUUUAGCCACUAUUCGAUCGGGACAGAAAAUUGCAUUGGCACUUGCAUCUUCGGGAAUUGCUGUUAUAUUAUUAGAAGGUGGUCGGACAGCACACUCUGCAUUAAAAUUGCCAUUGAAUGUACAGGUGAUUGAAACUCCAACUUGCAAUGUUUCAAGAAAUUCUGCUAUGGCAAAAGUUAUGCGAUUAACGUCAAUUAUUUUAUGGGAUGAGUGUACAAUGGCGAAUAAAAAAUUACUAGAAGCAUUUAAUCGAACAAUGCAAGAUUUACGUGGUAACCAACAGCUUUUUGGUGGUGCUUUGAUAUUACUGUCAGAGGAUUUUCGACAAACAUUGCCUGUCAUUCCUCGGUCAACUCCUGCUGAUGAAAUAAAUGCCUGUUUGAAGUCAUCAGUUCUUUGGAGAUAUGUACAAAAAUUGACACUGAACAUUAAUAUGCGUAUUCACCUACAAAAUGAUCCAGCUGCCCAUGAGUUUUCAAAACAAUUGUUACAAAUUGGUGAUGGCAAAAUACAAAUCGACAGAACCAACGGAUUGAUCACUGUACCGAACAAUUUUUGUACAAUUACAAAAUCGAUAGAUGAAUUGAUUGAAUAUGUUUUUCUAAAUAUUCUUCAGAAUUACAGAAAUCAUGAUUGGUUGAGAGAACGCGCCAUUUUAGCACCGAAGAGCAUUCAUAUCAAUGCCAUUAAUUUUCAAAUUCAAGCAAAACUCCCAGGUGUAGUCACGACAUAUAAAUCAAUUGACAGUGCUAUGAAUCAAGAUGAGGCAAUGAAUUAUCCAACUGAAUUUUUAAAUUCAUUAGAACCAGCUGGUACUCGUAUGCCACCGCAUUGCUUGAAUCUGAAAGUGGGUUCUUUGAUUAUAUUAUUGCGAAAUAUUAAUCCACCAAAACUGUGUAAUGGCACCAGAUUGGCAGUGAAAAAUUUAUUGCCAAAUUUAAUUGAAGCUACGAUCUUAACUGGUAAAUCAAAAGGAGAAGUUUGUUUAAUACCGCGUACCCCUAUGAUUCCAACUGAUAUGCCAGUUGAAUUCAAACGAUUACAAUAUCCUGUGCGUUUAUCAUUUGCGAUGUCCAUCGAAAAGUUCAAGGGCAAACACUUAACGUUUGUGGUGUGA